UGAAAGUCUGUCACCAUGAAGGGGACAUGUCUGUAUCUGGUCCUGUGGACGUAUUUCACUGCUUUCUCCCAAUGUGGUGCACUCUACACUCUAACGACUCCAAAUCUCCUGAGGGUCGACAUCUUCGAAAAGAUUGUUGUGGAAUCUCAUGACACAAGCAGUGCCUUUCAAGUGCAAAUCCGUGUCCAAGACUUUCCUGCCAAGUCUGAAAUUCUGUUUUCUACCGAAGUCCAUCUCUCACAAGAUAAUAACCCGGCCUCUGUGGAAAUCAAGAUUCCAGCUGAUCGGGUUCCUAAAACGAGAUUUAAACAGUAUGUUAUCGUGAACGCCAGGUUCCCAAACUUCGAAUUGAACCGAGAAGUUCUUCUUUUAUACGAAACUGGUCACCUGUUCCUCCAGACUGAUAAACCAAUCUACACACCAUUGCAAAACGUGCUUUACCGAUUGCUCACUGUGGACAGGGAUCUGAAGCCAAACAACAAAAAGGCAACUGUUGAAAUUUUGACCCCACAGGGUGUCACCGUGCAGCAGGUCCAGAUAAAUAAAGAAAGCAGAAUGAAGUCGUCUGGAAUCAGCACGGGCACGUUCGCUAUCCCAGAGCUGGUGCAGUUUGGGUUCUGGAAAAUUGUAGCAAAGUAUGAUACCGAUGAGACCUACAAUUAUACAACGGAAUUCGAGGUCAAGGAAUACGUACUCCCAAGCUUCGAGGUCGUGUUAGAACCGAGGAAGCAUUUUUUCUACGUGGAUGACGUGAAGUUGGACGUGGACAUCAAGGCUAGAUACACCUAUGGCGAAUCCAUAGAAGGCCGUGCGUUCGCUCUCUUCGGGGGUGACGGACAAAGAUAAGUACUAAUCCCAUCGUCCCUUCAGUCCACCGAUGUGAGUACAACAGUCACGCCCUGGUCCAUCCUGCUGCCCCUUCGCAAGGUUAUUAUUGAGGGGAAAGCGUCGGUUUUUCUGGAGAGUAACACAAUAUCUGAGGCUUUGGGUCCCUUGGAAAAGCUUGUUGGAUUUUCGAUCUACGUCAUUGUCAGCGUGAUAACCCGCACAGGAAGUGAUAUGGUAGAAGCAGAAAACUCUGCCACCAAAAUCGUCAAAUCUCCAUACGUAAUACUGUUCACUAAAACACCAGAGUAUUACAAACCAGGGAUACCCUUUGACUUCAUGGUCUCUGUCACAAACCCUGACGGUACCCCAGCCAGAAGAAUCGAAUUGUCUGGGAGUCAUGAUACGGCCCACAGCGAAUCCAUCACCGGACUCAAUGGGAAAGCCAGAAUGGUUAUCAACACACCAGGAUCGUCAACAGUUAUCAAAAUAACCGUUACAACAAAAGAUCCAGAGCUCCCAAACGAACGUCAAGCCACGGCCUCCAUGGUUGCCAAAGCCUACAAAACGAUGUUUAACUCAAACAAUUACUUGCACAUCAACCCCAAAGUGACAGAUGGAGACAACCUGAUCGUUUAUCUGCACGUUCCGAAAGAAACUGCCGCCGUUACCGAGAAGAUCAAGCACAUCAGCUAUAUCCUGAUGAACAAAGGGGCGAUCGUGAAAGUUGGGAAGCAGCCAAAGGACCCGGGGCAGACCGUGGUGACGAUGACGGUUCCGAUCACCAGUGCGCUGAUCCCAUCGUUCCGACUCGUGGCUUAUUACUACAUAGCUGUGGGAGGGAAAUUUGAAUCAGUGGCUGAUUCCAUCUCGAUUGAUGUGAAGGACACAUGCAUGGGAUCGCUCAAAAUCACUGGGGCCAACGAAGGGGACAAUAAGAAGAUUUAUAGCCCACGUCAAGCAUUCAAGUUGAAAGUAACAGGCGAUUCAGGAGCCAAGUUUGGUCUUGUGGCUGUGGAUAAAGCCAUCUACGUGCUGAAUAACAAAAACAGACUGACUCAGAGCAAGAUCUGGAGCACAGUAGAGGAGAGCGACAUUGGAUGUACAGCAGGAAGUGGGCCUGAUGCCUUUGGUGUUUUUAGUGAUGCAGGUUUAGCUUUCACAGCAAGCAAUGGGUUCAAGUCGACCACACGGACAGAACUCGGGUGCAAACAGAUACAGAAGAGGAAACGUCGAUCGCUCACUCUCAUGAAGCUAAGGAGAUCCAAAGGUAUAUAUCCGUGUCCUGCGGUGACUGUAUCCGUGUCCUGCGGUGACUGUAUCCGUGUCUCUGGUUCUUUUAGAGAGCAAGUACUCAAACGUUUACUGAGAUGCUGUCGGGAUGGAAUGAAGUCGAUUCCAAUGGCCUACUCGUGUACCUUCAGAGCAAGACGCAUUAAGCAAAGCCGUGAAUGUGUUGAUGCCUUCCUGGACUGCUGCAACGCUUACCAGCAAAGGAAGAAAUUAGAAGCAAGUAGUAUGAUGACAUUAGCACGAAGCGACGAUGAUCAAGGUUAUCGUCUGUAUGAAGAUAUUUUCGCCCGAAGUAAUUUCAGAGAAAGCUGGCUUUGGUACCUGUACGACAUGCCCAAGGAGACUGACAGAGAAGGCUAUGCUUCAAAAGAAAUACCAGGUCACCUGCCAGACUCUAUUACUUCCUGGGAGGUGCAGGCGGUCAGUAUUUCACAGGAUAAAGGUAUUUGUGUGUCUGAUUCUUACGAGAUGACAGUGAUGAAAGACUUUUUCAUUGAUCUUCGUCUGCCCUAUUCGGUCAUACGGAACGAGCAAGUGGAAAUCAAAGCCAUCUUUAACAAUUACCACACCGAGAAGAUUAAAGUCCAAGUGGAGUUUCCAUACAAUGAACAUAUCUGCAGUGGGGCAACACCACAGAAGAGGUUCAAACAGACGGUUGAGAUUCACCCAAAGUCUUCCGAAGCCGUGUUCUACACCAUCAUCCCUCUGGUGCUUGGAGAUAUUGCAAUCGAAAUAAAGGCCUCUGUCUAUGAAGCUUUUGUCAGUGACGGAGUGAGGAAGACCCUUCGUGUGGUGGCCGAGGGCAAACAGGUGGAAAGAGUGCAGACUAUCCCAUUAGAUCCUCAAGGUGUACGUAAAGAAUUCCCAGUUGAUAAUAGAAUCCCAGAUAAUGUGGUUCCAAACACAGAGCCCAGACUUCAUCAGUGUACAAGAACCAACAAAACAGGGAGCGUGCUGGCUGAGACCAUUGAAAAUUCUAUUGAUGGGAGUAGGCUGAAACAUCUAAUCCGACAGCCAACUGGGUGUGGCGAGCAGAAUAUGGCCUCCAUGACCCCCGGGGUGAUUGUCACUCAUUACCUGGACCAAACCGCUCAGUGGGAUAAAGUGGGCCUGGACCGCAGAGAGACUGCGCUAACCUACAUAAGGAAAGGUUACACUCAACAGCAGGCUUUUCGCAAGCCAGGAGGAUCGUAUGCAGCCUUCAUCAACCGCCCUUCCAGCACCUGGCUGACCGCGUAUGUGGCGAAGGUGUUUGCAAUGGCCCAAAGUCUGAUCUCAAUAAAAGCUGAGGUUUUGUGCGAAGACCUGAAGUGGCUAAUAUUAAGGAAACAGAAACCUGACGGGAUCUUUAUGGAGGACGCAGCUGUGAUUCACCUCGAAAUGCAGGGAGGAGUGCACGGGGCUGAAAAUGAUGCCUCGUUGACUGCGUUUGUUCUUAUCGCAAUGAUUGAGGCCAAAGAUCUCUGCUCAAGAAGCAUAGGGAGUUAUGAAAACAGCAUCCAGAAAGCCGGUACCUAUUUGGAAGGCCGUAUUGCCAAGCUGACCCGCGCGUACUCCGUGGCCAUCACUACCUACGCCUUGUCGCUCUUGGGGAUACACAAGGACGACAUUCUGAUGAAGUUCGCCUCCGAGGAUGGAACCUACUGGGCAAAAGCCAAUCAGGAGAAUUCCAUGUACACCAUCGAAGCCACAGGAUACGCUCUGCUCGCAUUACUGCAACUGGAGAAAUUCGAGCAAACUGGUAAAAUCGUGAGGUGGAUGACUGCGAAGAGAGAUUAUGGUGGCGGCUUCAAAUCCACCCAGGCCACCUUUGUUGGUUUGCAGGCUCUUGCUGCAUACCUGAUUCAAAUGCCCGAUUCCAAAGCUGUCAAUAUGGAUGUCACCCUGACCAUCAAGGGCACAAAAUUCCAUUCCUGGCAUUUUAACACAGAAAAUGUGUAUGUAGCGAAAUCUGAAAAGAUCAACAUCAAUCAAAACUUCACUGUCGCAGUGACAGGUCAAGGCCAGGGGAUGCUAACAGUGACGACCAUUUACAACGCUUUAUUGACUGAAAAAGCCAAGGAGUGCCAGAAAUUUGACUUGCAAGUUACUGUGGAAGAGGUUUUUCCAGAAAAAAAACCACAAGGCGCCCUGAGCUCUGUAUUGAUAAACGUGUGUGCACGGAAUCUGGAAGAGAAAGAGGUGACAAUGACCAUCGCGGAUAUUUCCAUGUUAACGGGAUUUUCUCCGGAUUUGGAUGAUUUGAAAGCGAUUUCAACUGGUGUCGAUCUGUACAUAUCAAAGUUUGAACUCAACAAAGAUACAUCACGCAAAAGUUCCUUGAUUAUUUAUCGGAUAAAAAGGAACCAUCAGCCCAAAGUGUCUGCUCAUAUUUCUGCUUGGAAACCCCCGCAGGUCUCCCGUGAUGAAGACACUUGCUUUGCAUUUAAAGCACAUCAGUACUUUAAAGUUGGUUUCAUGCAACCAGCUGCAGUUGAGGUGUACGAAUACUAUGAUUCAGCAAACAGCUGCACAUCGUUCUACAACUUAAAGGCAAGCAACGCCAUGCUUGGUAAGAUUUGUCACAACGAGAUCUGCAGAUGUGCAGCAGAAAACUGUGUUUCGCUACAGAAACCAAACGACAGAUCGAUAACUGCUGAUAUGAGACAAUACCAGGCCUGCCUUCCGGAAGUUGAUUUUGUUUACAAGAUACGAUUCCUCGAUAAGGAAGAAAAAGAGGGUUACGAUUACUACAGUUUCAAAGUCCUGACAGUGAUUAAAGCCGGGAGUGACGAGGUGGUGGAGGGAAAUGACAGGUUCUUGGUGUCACACGCCAGCUGCAAAGAGACGUUUGUGGUGGAUCUGCAGGUCAAGGAUUAUUUGAUUAUGGGUUUUCAGAAAGAUCUGUGGCCGAUGAAAAAUGGAAUGACCUACGUGGUCACGAAGGGGACCUGGGUGGAAUGGUGGCCGAACAACGAGGAGUGUCAGGCUCGGACUUACAGAAGCCUCUGUGAGAACCUGAUAGACUUUUCAGACACCCUGCGGGACUUUGGAUGCACCACUUAAACACGCUCUGACUAACCACAUCCAACAACAGCCCUCGCAUUUGAUACGGCGCCUUUUCACGUCAAGCCGCCUCACUGAGCUCCACGGGGGGGGUUUGCGCUGUGACUGUGUCGGAGGAUUUUCACCGCAGCGUCCGGCUGACGGGAAAGGCUCUGUAUCAAAAGUAAUUUUAAUCAAUAAAGUGCCGGCGUGCGAUCGCCUCGGGGAAGAGUCUCGAAGCGCCUUGCGGGGAUUUUCCCGUGUGUCGUGUUAAUUUUGUGCUGGUGGUGGUGGUUGUGACUGUGAUUUGAGGGCUUUCGUGUCGUGACUUGUCGUGCGCGUGACAUCAUUUUGGGAACCGACAAUAAAAAGCAGCUGAAAUCAAA